CCUCUCCGCUCAUCGGCCAUGAAGGUGGGGUUUUGGUGUUCAGUCAGUCGGCGAUCGGCGGUUCCUAGGAGUGUGAAAGUCAGCGGCUCUACGUAUGUGUGCGCUUUUACCGUCAGCACGGAGACAGCGAGGGUCCAGAGAAGAGGAAAGUUCACAAGGAUAUCCCGUCCAAUCACCUUCUGACUGACCAGUCGCAUUUGGGACCUCCUAGCAGCAAUGGCAGCCACUAAGGCCAAGAACCAGAGUUCCCUGGUCCUGCACAAAGUGAUCAUGGUGGGAAGUGGAGGGGUUGGCAAGUCGGCACUGACUCUGCAGUUCAUGUAUGACGAGUUUGUAGAAGACUAUGAGCCCACAAAGGCUGAUAGCUACAGGAAGAAAGUAGUCUUGGAUGGAGAGGAAGCACAGAUAGACAUUCUUGACACCGCCGGACAGGAGGACUAUGCAGCCAUUCGUGACAAUUACUUCAGAAGCGGAGAGGGCUUCCUACUUGUUUUUUCUAUAACAGAACACGAAUCGUUCUCCUCCACAGUGGAACUAAGGGAGCAAAUCCUGAGAGUGAAAUCUGAGGAUGACAAGAUACCCCUGCUAUUAGUUGGGAACAAGUGUGAUCUGGAAGACCGAAGGCAGGUGUCUGUGGAUGAAGCCAGGGGGAAAGCUGAACAAUGGGGAGUUCAGUACGUUGAAACUUCUGCUAAAACAAGAGCCAACGUAGACAAGGUGUUUUUUGACCUCAUGCGGGAAGUCAAAUUGAAAAAGAUGUCUGAAAACAAAGAAAAAAAUGGAAAAAAGAGCGGAAAGAGCAAAAAAAGCUUGAAGGAUCGAUGUUGUUUGCUUUGAAGCCAGCUAUGGAACUUUGUGGAUGGUAGAAACCAAAAUAUAAAAA